CCGGUCAGCUGUCAGGAAAAUAAGAUUAAGUUAUUCAAGCUGCUAACCGACGUAGAGUGUUUUCCAAUUCUUUUAUUUUUCCAUUUCCGCGACAUUCCUGUCAUUAUGAAUAACAAUCUAUAAUGUCUAUAGCACAUUUAUGAAGCUACAACACUCUCGCCAGCAUCGCCAUUUUCUGUGCGCGGUUGGACUUUUCCUUGUAUUGAUAGAAAGCUAACUACUCUCUCGCUAACUAAUAAGGUCGAUUCUUGGCGUCGAGUUUUUAAAAACGGGAGCUCACAGUUAAGCUGGCGUGAGCUUCGGAUUUGGUGUUUAUUUGUCGUUAGAUCGUAGUAAAUUAGUGCUUAGGGAGAUUGGUGCGUCAGCUACCUUAUGUAGUAAGUUAGCCUGCUGGCUAGCCCAACGUCUAUUUUGCUAGCUAGCUAAGAAGCUAGUCGGGUCUACGGCCUAGUUUGGCCCGGAUUUUACCCGACAGUGUAUGAUCUACCAGAAGCGAUCAACCUGGACAAGACAUUGGAUCUUGUUGGAUACAAGCCCGGUUCUUCCGGGUCUCUGACCCCCCAAAAGAAGAUGAAGAAGCGGAAAGAGCUAAACGCGUUGAUCGGCAUCGGAGGGGACAGCAAGAGGAAGAAGGCUAAGAAAGGCUCUGGUCACCGCCUGCUGCGGACCGAACCUCCGGACUCGGAUUCCGAGUCCAGUUCGGAUGACGACGAAUUCAGUAACCUCAGUAGUGUCGCCGCUUUUGGGAAGCGGAGUUACGCGCAGUGCUGUAGCGCGUGCUACCCGCUGUGCGCCUUCAUAAUCCUGGCCGCCUGCGUGAUGGCGUGUGCGGGCCUGGUGUGGAUGCAGAUCGCGCUGAAGGAAGACCUGGACUCUCUGAAGGAGAAAUUUCACACCAUGGACUCAGGGCAGAAGGCCUCUGCCCAUGAGCUGCCGCGGCUGGGGGAGGAGCUAAGGGAGAAGGGGCGUGUCCUGGAGGACAUUGUGGGUGGAGACCGCGGUCUGAACCGGCUGUGGGCCAACCUGACCGAGAUCAACAGAAAGAUCAGUGCGUUGGACUCAGCAGUCAGUCACCUGAAAGCCAACAUUAAAUCUGCCUCAGAUCUCAUCAACCUGCCCACUACUGUGGAGGAGUUGCAGAAGAGCGUGGCCACGAUCGGCAGCACUCUGACGAGUGUGCAGCACGAUGUGAGGACCGUGCAGAGCCAAGCGGAGCAGCAGAGCCAGGCCGUGGAGAGUCUGAGGAGCAGCCUGGAUAAAGAUGGCACAGAACCAAAAAGCAGUUCAGGAUCCUCAGCAGAAAAAUCACCCAACUGCUCAAGUUGCACAGACAUAAAACAGGAGCUGCUGUAUCUGCAGGACUCUCUCGGGGAGCUGAACUCCACUCAGCUGCAGCUGCGAGCUCGUGGGGAGGAGCUCAUGGGUGGGGUGAACUCCUCCCUCUCCAACCUGUCACUCAGAGUGUCGUCCCUGGAGACCGGGCUUCUCCUCCUGGGGGCGGAGCCAGGGAUGUUCCGCAAUGCUAGCUUGACGGAUUCCCGCCCUAAGGAGCUGGGUGUGGCCAGCAGGGCCGGGGUGCAGGGCACUCCCCCUGCGCAGGACUCUGCCCCCAGGAGAGUGGAGUCUGGAAGCCCCGCCCCCAGCCCAGAAGCUCUCACAGCCUCCAGUCCCACCAGACACCCCAUGUUCCUGUCUCAGAGCAUCACCAAAAAAGACCUGAACAGCCCAACACUCUCUCUCCCUGGGGUUCACUCUCUCACAGAUCUCGAGAAGUUGUUUGACGGGCUGAAAGAGGCCCCGCCCACUGACGGGUUGACCUAUGAGGAGCUGAGGAUGCUGAUUGGGCAGGGGACCCCGGAUAGACACGCCCUGGAGCCGUUUGAUUGGAACGGAGAUCAGAAGUUCUCAAAGGCGGAGCUUCAGGCUGCUGUGGGAGUGUGAGGGGCGUGACCAGGAGGACUUGUCAUAGGAGGCGUGGUCUCGUUAAUGAUGUCACACUUUUAUACAAGUGUCCAGCACUCUUGUGGGUUUGGGUUAGGGUUAGUCUCACACACACGGGAGACCCAUGCAUACUCAUGCGCACACACACAAUAACAGACCGACAGUAACAUACACACAAUCAUGCACACACACAGUAACAUACACACACUCACGCAUACUCACACUCAUGUACACACAAACCCAGUAACACACACACACAUACACACACACUCUCUCUCUCUCUCACACUAACCCAGUGACACACACCCACAUGCAUACACACACACACACACACACACACACACACACUCACUCACACUAACCCAGUGACACACACACACACACACUCUCACACUAACCCAGUGACACACACACACACACACACACACACACACACUCACUCACACUAACCCAGUAACACACACACAUACACACACACACACACACACACUCACACACACACACACACACACACUCACUCACACUAACCCAGUGACACACACACACACACUCACUCACACUAACCCAGUAACACACACACAUACAUACACACACACACACUCACACUAACCCAGUGACACACACACACACACACACACACACACACACACACACACACACGCCGCAGUAAAGCACACACCACUCUCUCCUGCUGUCUGCCACAUUAGAGUGGUGGAGCGGAAUGUUUAUCAUUGCCCAUGUUCAGACCUGACGGCGGACAUUAGCUAACCGUGUGAACAGCAGUGAUGGCUGCUGAUGGGGACACUGCAGAGAGAUCAAUCUGUGAUGAACAGGCAUUGGUGGAGAGCUGAAUGGAACAUUCAUUUAGAAUUGUUCAACAGUAACAUUCACCGUGAACAUACGCCGUCUUGAACGCACGUCUGCUUUUCACACCAUUUUCUAAGCCUGGUCACAUGACCGCAUCCAGGCACAAUCAUGCUCUCUUCCUUUCAGCCCUGUGCUGAAUCCAGCCCACUCUCUUGAAGACAGAAACUCUCAUUUUAUUUCGUCCGCUGCUGCUUGGUUUUAUUUGGUGAUUCUGAGUGUUCUAUAUUUAUUGGCAGUAGGAUGCUAAUGCUGCUUCCUCCUCUUCCUCCUCUUCCUCCUCCUCCCACAGAAGGAGGGGCUGUAGUGCAGGCCGGUAGAGCAGCUCUGCAGCAAUAACUUCACUCAACACAGUGUGUGACAGUGUGUGUGACAGUGUGUGUGACUGUGUGUGUGACUGUGUGUGACUGUGUGUGUGACUGUGUGACAGUGUGUGUGACUGUGUGACAGUGUGUGUGACUGUGGCAGUGUGUGUGACUGUGUGUGACUGUGUGAGACUGUGACAGUGUGUGACUGUGUGACAGUGUGAGUGUGACAGCGUGUGACUGUGUGACAGUGUGAGUGUGACAGUGUGUGUGACUGUGACUGUGUGAGAUUGUGUGACGGUGUGUGACUGUGUGAUCGUGACUGUGACUGUGUGACACUGUGUGACACUGUGUGACAGUGUGUGACUGUGAGAUUGUGUGUGACUGUGUGAUCGUGACUGUGACUGUGUGUGACUGUGUGUGACUGUGACAGUGUGUGUGACGGUGUGUGACUGUGUGGGGUGGGUGUGUAACAUUGCAGAUAUGUAAUUUGGUGAAGCAGACACAGACACACACACACACACACA